AUGGCGAACACUAAUACCACAUCAAAGAAGUUACUCUGUCAGAAUUCCAGUUUAUUAUGGAAAAUAUGGGGUGAUUUUGAGUGGGAUUCAUCUCCAUUAACGGCUUAUAGUAAUUCCAUGAAGCAGAUGAAGAUUAACAUGGAUCUUGUCCAUGUUUAUGGGGAUGGUAAUUCUGUACCUUAUCACCUCACUAGGUUAGUGCCUUUUGGAAUUGAGCAUCGUUGGGAAGAUCAUUGCCCAUUGGAUGUCUCAUCAUAUGACUCAAUGGUCUCAGAUUGUGAAAGCAGUUCAUUCUCAACCCCACGGAAAAGGUCAUCCGCAAAGACCAUUGAACGAAGUGGAUUGCUAGUACCAACCCCAUCAAUACAAAUUGGGAUGCUAAACUCUGAAGGUGUAUGCUCACUUCCAGAAUCAUAUUUUCUAAUGUAUAGCAACUCACCAGAAGGCAUAUUGAGGCACUUCCUAUCAUUUUACAAGGAUGCUGCAUGCAUCCGUGAUGCAGAGGGCCUUACCCCACUACUAAGAGCAGCUCGUUUUGGUUUUCUGCGGGCUUUGAAAGUCAUAUUAGAAUAUUGUCCGGAAUCUGCGGAUGUCUAUGACCUCAAAGGUAGAACUGUGCUACAUUAUGCACAUUUUUCAGAUUAUAGAGACCUCCAAGAGUUGCUGAAGAUUCCAGAAAUCAAUGCCCUUGUGAAUGUAAAAGACUGUGAGGGGAACACAGCCGCGCACCUUGCUGCCAAAAAUGGAAACUUGCUGCUUUUAAAAUUUUUACAUGAAUCCAUGGCAAACUUUUCUCUGAAGAAUCACAAGGAUAUUUCAGUCGAGGAGCUAAUUGAUCCCCAUGGAGGCUUUUUUAGCAAUAUGGAGAAAGCAAUGUCUAACACCACUACUGGGAAAUGGAUGGAGAAGGAGCUGCAUGAAGCAGCAAGGAAGGGGGACGUAAAUCUCUUCGAUAAAAAGGAUACAAUUACAAACAUAGAUGGUAGAGAAAUUUGGUACAAUGAUGAAUUCUUCAUGUCUCGGACACCAAAUGGAAGCACUAUCCUUCAUUUAGCCAUCCAAAAUGGUCAUUCUGAGUUUGUGAAGGAAACUCUGAAGCUUUUUCCCACUCUCGUUCUCUCAAGAGACUUUAAUGGUGAUACUGCUAUCCAUGUUGCUGCUCGGUUCAAGGCUCCUGCAGCUGAAGCCAUGAUGCACAGUUGUGCUGAGUGCUAUCGUAUACUUCAUGAAACGAAAUCCAAUGACAUUAUCUAUUACCCGCCUUGGAGAACCAAAAAUAACAAAGGCAACACUGCUUUUCAUGAAGCAAUGUGCACAAGCAAUCAUACUAUUGUUGAAGAGUUGUUCAACAUUGAUACUUCUCUUUCUUUGGUGACAAAUAAUGCUGGAGAAACACCUCUCCAUGUAUUUGCAAGACACGCCACUUACACGAGAUGUGGACGAUUUAACCCCUGUCAUGAGAGCAGCCGAGUCUGGCCGAAUUCGAGUUGCUAUACUGAUACUUCAAAUCUGUCCUCAGUCAAUGGAAGUUCGAGAUUGCAAAGGCAGAACGUUUCUGCAUCUCCGAAGAUUAUGCAUCUUGAGCUUGUUGACGAAUCUGAGGAUAUAAUUAGACUUUGCGAAGAAUUCUUUGCCAUCCCCGGAGUUGACAGCCUGAGAGCUGCACAAGAUGGAGAUGGAAACACACCCUUGCAUCUUGCUCUUAAAACUGAAAACUUUAUUACUGCAAAAUUCUUGAUGCAGAAAUGCCUUCAGUCUAAAACAAGGGAGGAACUAACCAUCAUCAACAAUGAUGGUUGCUCAAUUUUCAGCUUGAUUGCAACAUUGCGAGCAAAUAAGCUGGAUGACAAGGACUUAAAAGAGUUGACACUACUCAGCAAAAUCUAUGUAAAAGAGUUAACCUUGGUAGAAAAGAUGAUGGACAAAGAACUGAAUAUGGCAGCAGUGCAGGGGGAUCAGGAGUUGUUCAACAAGGUGAAGGAUACUGAUAUAGAAAGUGGACUUAUUAGUAAAUAUGACAGCUCCUACUUCCUUUCUCGAACACCGGAUGGAAGCAAUAUAAUUCAUAUAGCUCUUAGACCUGGAAAAGUAGAUACAGCAGAAUUUGUUGAGAAAGCUUUAAACCGCUUUCCAGCUCUCAUACUUCAAACUGACUCAAAUGGAGACACCCCUCUUCACCUUGCUGCAAAGUGGCACAGCCCUGCUUGUAUAAAAUUACUGGGUCACCUAGCAGAUUAUUACCAAAAAGCUACUUUGGAGAACAAUCGAGGAAUUUUUCUCCUUCCUUGGAAGGUUAAAAAUUCCAAGGGCAAUAUGGCUGUUCAUGAAGCACUGUGCACCAACCAUAUAUAUGCUGCAGAUUAUUUGGUAAACAGUGAUGCUGAGGGGGCAUUCUAUGUUAAUGAUGCUGGUGAGACCCCGCUUCAUGUAUAUGCUAGGUGUGGCCGUUAUACAGCUCUGGAUAACUUGGAUUUCUUGGAAAAUCUGAUCAAGAAAAACAUUUCAGCUGUUUAUAUGCGUGACAGUGAUGGUCUCACACCUUUGUUGAGGUCUGCAAAGUGCGGUAGAAUUCGGGUUGCCCAUGCUAUACUGGACCAUUGUCCUCAAUCAGCACAACUCCGUGAUCCACAUGGAAGGACCUUUUUGCAUCUCCUGCGCCUUGAUGUUGAAGUAUCUGAGGCUUCUAGUGGCUUUUUGUUCAAAUUGAUGAGCAAGCAGUUGUUCGAAAUCCCAGAAAUAGAUGCCCUAAGAAUGGUACAAGAUUAUGAUGGCAACUCAGCUUUGCAGUAUGCCAUAAAAACUGGGAACUCAAUUACAGCAGAAGUAUUAGCACAUAAAUGUUUUAGUACGAAAGAGAUGUUUGAGUUAGCACUUGUAAACAAUGAAAAUGAGGGACUUCUGGAUCUUAUCGCAUCACAUCAGACCCCUGAUGAGAUUGUGAAGCUACUUAAGAAAAAAUUGCCAAAAUACAACACCUCUUCGUUCCUAAGCUCUUAUGGGAUCCGUAAGGCUGAAAUUAAAGAGUCAGCGGGAUCACUUUCUGUAAUUGCUGCACUUCUCACAACGAUAACCUUCGCAGCAGCAUUUCAAGUGCCUGGUGGAUUUGAUGGUGACGACGGGUCUCCUGUCCUCCUAAAAUGGGCAGCAUUUCAGGUUUUUUUGGUGUCUGAUGUCCUUGCUAUGUGCGGCUCCAUGGUUGUUCUAUUUUCUCUCCUAUGGGUGAUGGCUUCUGGAAAAACUACGGACUCGUUCAUAUUGUUAGACCUCUCAUUUUUCUUGCUGCAAUCAUCUUUUUAUGCAACCCUUGUGGCUUUCAUGACAGGAGUGUAUGUGGCAACUGUAAAUGAGACUUCUUGGUUGGCUAUAUUUGUAUGCGCACUCUGCUCCACUGUCAUUCUGGUUACUUGGAAAACCUCAGUCCUUUUCUUGCAAAAACUAUUAAGUUGGUAGGAAAUUUACUCUUUAACUUGAAGACGAGCUCACUUAAAGAACUACACAGGGCCGGUGACUUGAUCUUAGGCCGUGAUUAAUUCUCUCGAGAAUUUUUUUUUUUAGUGGUGUAUUGCUGUUACCAAGAAGUUGUCUCCCCAGAUUUUCUUGUUUAUGUUACAAAUAAGACCUUUCCUUAAAUAUUUAGAGCAAAUCUAGUGGACAGAGGUAUGCAGUUGCUGCUACACUUGAGGCAGAAGUGCUUCUGUCUUGUAUGAAAAUUAGCUGCAUAAAUGUGUAUUUAGUCCGUCGCAUAAAGCUCCUAAUAAGAAAGUGAGUAUCUGACUCUUGUUUGUUAA